AGCAUGGGGGGAACUUUUCAUACUGACAUGUCCGCGCAAUGACUGCAGAGAAACGUCAGACUGGGACGAGGCUCCCGGCGUGAGGAGGACAGGACAGGGCCCUGUGCACCGAGGAGCUGCUGCCAUCUGCCGGGGCUGCAGCAGCUGAGACCAGUCCCCAGAACCAGCGCUGGAAUCAGACCCGGUUCGGCCCAUCUGAGUUGAAAGAUGAGCUUGCUGUCUGCCAUAGACACGAGCGCCUCCGUGUACCAGCCCGCGCAGCUCCUGAACUGGGUCUACCUCUCCCUGCAGGACCCCCACCAGACCAGCGCCUUCGAUGCCUUCCGACCCGAGCCCAACUCGUCCCACCCGGAGCUCAACUUCAGCAAGACCCCCGGCGCGGCGGAGCUGAGCUCGUCCCUCAACUCCAACUAUCUCAACAACUUCUUCCAGCUGCAGCGGAACGAGGCCUUAAACAACAACGUGUACAAGAACGUGUCGCCCUAUGGCUCCCUGAACAACAUAGUGGACGGACUCAACUCCCUGACGGACCAUUUCUCAGACCUCUCCCUUUCCUCGGAGCAACGGAAACCCAACAAAAGACCCCCGCCCAACUACUUGUGCCACCUGUGCUUCAACAAGGGCCAUUACAUCAAAGACUGCCCUCAGGCCAGACCCAAAGGUGAAGGGCUGACACCGUACCAGGGGAAGAAGAGAUGCUUCGGAGAGUACAAGUGCCCCAAGUGUAAGAGGAAGUGGAUGAGCGGCAACUCCUGGGCCAACAUGGGACAAGAAUGUAUCAAAUGCCACAUCAACGUGUAUCCCCACAAACAGCGCCCCCUGGAGAAGCCGGACGGCCUGGACGUCUCCGACCAGAGUAAGGAGCACCCACAACACCUGUGCGAGAAAUGCAAAGUCCUGGGCUACUACUGCCGCCGUGUGCAAUGAGCGUCAAACUCAGAGAGUCAGAGAUCAACGUGUGUGUCCCAAGUCCCGACGUUCAUCCUCCAUCAAGGCUGUUAACUUUCUCCCUGCCCAUGUCACACCCAGGUUCCCCCCCGACCAUGCUCUGCACACAACAUGGCGUCCUCUCCUCCUCCUCCUCACGUCUUCUUCUCUGUGUUUCGAUUGCUCUAAUCAUCCCUCCUCUCUGAUGCCUUCCUUCACCACGGCGAAUGAAUCUGUCCCUCAAAUAUGGAAACACAGAUUUUCAGCCUUUAUGCCUUUUUCAGUAUUGAAGGAACGAGGGGAUCACAUAAACCGAAGAUGAAUCUUUUCAAGUGCUCUUCGUCGAAAGCCAAAACCUGCCAAAACCAGUGACUUUUUCACUUGUGUACUAGAAACCAGCCCAAUCAUCCACCUUCACGUUUAACAUCACCUGAUCAAUGUAUUGGUGUCACUGACAGUAUUGGUCUCAAUAGAUUACCUCACCUUGGGGUUUGUUGGCUUUGUGUUUACAGAGAUCCGCCUUUCUUUUCCCCCCUAAGUGAAGAGUUUGCUAAUGUGACGAACAUUUAACCAAGGCCUCUCCCGAUGGUUCCAUGUACAGGGGCCCUUCGAUGUUUUGCCGUAUUAGGGUCAACAGCACAUCUUAUUAACUGUGAAUUAACUGAGGGAUAAUGUGCCAUGCAUCCCUAGCUUACAUUUGGCCUAUUUAUUUUUCUUGUUUUCUAGUGUGCAAUUUUAAUUUUAACUGGGACAUAAGAAAUGUUUUUUUUUGUUUGUAUGUUUGUAUAUCCCAUUAUUGUGUAACUGCUUCCAUGUGUCUUUAGAAACUACUGUAGGUUCAGUUGCGUAGAGUCGUCCACAUGUAGUGUGUUGCUAACAGAUGAGGUUUCACUCGUGCUCCCCUGGAGUAUUUUUGUUGCCCAACAAAUUCCUCAGUAUCUAUAGUGUUAGCUCAUCUAUAGGUAGAUUUCAGAUGUGUUUUCAAAUUAGCACAAUUGACCUUAGAAACAAUAAUAUCUUGCCAGUGCUGAAUAUUCAGUUUUUUCUGCCAGUUCCCUAGAAAAAUGUCCAGAAAACGUCCGAGUGAGCCCAUGUGAGAACCCAGCAGGAUAUUGUCCUGAGAACUUAGUGCGAGCAAGUGUGAAGUUUCUAUCAAGUGACAAACACAAAACUGAAAAAAAAAAGUAUACAUCCAUCUCAGGAUGAUAAAAUGUUGCCAAAUGUGUAGAAGAAACUGAGGAAGAUGUCAACGUGGAAAGAUGAGAUUUGAGAUUUUUUUGCGAUAAGGGCGAAAACAGCUAAGAUCUACCCGUCGAAUUUAGUUAGCAUUAUGAAAGAUUACUUGAGAGGUUACACUGUUCACAUGUAAAGUCGGAUUAGAUACAAAUUAGUAAAAUACAAAGGAGAUGAGAUUCCAUUUAGUUUGAAUUGAUGCCUGGCAACAUUAGAGGAGACUGUGAAGUGAAAUGGAAACUUUUCCGAGGGCUUGCUCCGGUCAGAACUGUGUCCAGCAGGCGACUGCGGUGUGAAGCGCGUCCAGACGGAGGUGAGGCCUCGGAGAACUGCAACAAUGUUCAGGUUGUUUGAGAGAAACAAUGAGAUUUAAUGUAGAAAGGGCUGAGAUGUAACGUGGUGAUGCUGGAGAUUCAAGGAUAUAUUGAAAGUGUUGAUGAAUUGAGUUAGAUUCAUUUUUUAUUGGGCCUACAAUCGUAAACCAAUGUCUUUAAAGAAAGAGAAGCACACAUCCUGUUUACGUAGCUCACUGCGCAGACCUGAAGCACGACAGAGGAAAUAAGGGUUUUGUCUUCCAUAAUCCUGCCUUUCAAAAGAAACACCCUUACAGGAAUUGCAAAAUAUUUUAUACGUACUGUAUAUCUGGCCUUACGAAAGCUGGUUGACUGUAUUUUAUACUUUAUCAUACUGUGUGUGCCUUAAAAGAGAUUGAAAUCAUUCUGAGGUAUAAAGACCAGGAGGCCGUUUGAAACGAGUAAGAGACGAUGGAGGGAUAUAGGCUCAGAGAUGGAGCAGUGUGCAGAAUGUGCAUGUGGGAGCUGUGAUGCAUCAGAAGUUUAAUACAGGUUCAAGAUGAGACUAAGGACGAGAAAGGGAGAGUGUUUCUGGAUUAGCAGUUUGAACUGGCAUCGGCCGGGUUUAGCUGAACCAGCCUGUUUCCAGCUGGCAACAAUAAUCCUCCUGUGGUCCGUUGUCAUGGAAUAUCAACAGAGAUGUUAUUCUUUAGUCCAUCAUCACAACAGAAGGGAGUUGCACACCAAACUGUGGACCUCGCUCUUUGUUUUUCUUCCCUGUCUAUUGUAGUUGUGUUUAUCUGAGCAACUAUGGGUUUGGUAGAGAAAUAGAUGGUCAUUGCCUUAGUGGGCGAGUUUGCAGUGGCUGACAAUGGUACCUUACAGGAAAUGAUCGGUUUAGAUUUCAUCACUUAAAUUAAAGGGGCACUCCAGUGAUUUAGUACUGAACUUCCAGAAAGUCAGAAGACAAACAAAAAACAGUGAAUCGGUGCCGAAGAGUCAUAUCCUUACUUUCAGUCCUUGGUAUGAAUCAAGCUCCUGAAAACAGUUGGAUCCUACAUUUCCCAUAAUGCAACUUUCCAUAAUAGCGUCUUUCCCUGCCAGGUUAAUGCCCACAACUUUAAAACGCCACAACUUCUCCAUGUGCCCAAGCAGUGAUAACCCUGAUGACAUCACUAUGACAAAUGAUGACAUCACUAUGACACCAUCUGGGUUGAGAGCCACAUGGAUCCUACAUUUCCCAUAACACACCUCAGCUGCAUCUUUCCCUGUCAGGUAAAUACCCAGACCUUUAAAUCUCAACGUCAUCAUUUCACAACACAGGCGUAUUGUUAAAGAUGUGUCUCUCCGUGCUGAAAGCAGAGAUACCUACAUCUUGGUUGAAAGCCGCGUAGAUCCUACAUUUCCCAUAAUGCAACUCAACUGCAUAUUUCCCUGCCAGGCAAAUGCCCACACCUUAAAAACAGCUUGUGUUCAGGGUGUUUGAUAAAAAUGUGUCCAUUUACCAUGCGGGUUGAGAGCCACAUAGUUCCUACAUUUCCUAUAAUGCAAUUUAAUUUCCCAAAGCCACACAAGACAUAAAACAGCUGUUUACAUUGUGACAUGCAAACUGAACGAAAUUGGUGGAGUGCCCCUUUAAAAGCAGCAUUUUAUCACCUGUUUAAGACGUAAAGUGAACAAAGAGGCUCCUUCAGACUCGUCACUGCUCGGAACAAUCCAUGUUUCUUACUGUUAGCAUCGUCUUUCUUUUAGAGACUAACCCAACAGGUCUUUACGUCUGAACCCUGUCGUCCACAUCGUACCACGUGGCUGUAAAGAUAAGAAUAUAUAUACAUAUAUAUACCAAUGAUGCCUUAUGAACUAACCUCAUAAAACAAGUAACAAUGUUAUCGUAGUUCAGUGUUGUGGUUGAAUAGAAAUGAGAAAUAGGUGAGGAAGAGUUUGAUUCCGCCCAGACGUGUGAUGAGGCGUCCAUUUGAAAUGGCAAACCAAGAGGCGAUGGAAGCAGCUGGAAGAAAUCGCUGCUUCCAGACGUUCGGAGUGUCUUGAAUAACAUAUACUUGACUUUUCUAGAACCUUUUCAGUUCAAAUUAUUAUUUUUUUCUAUAAACGAGAUGUGUAUUUUGGAAAAAACACUUAAUAGAUGUUGAAAAUUUUAAAGCAAUCUGCAAAAAAACUCGAGAGUUAUUUCCCUGACAAAGAUAAGACUGUUGUAUGUAUAUAUUUGAUGAUGGCCAUCGUCUUUAAGGAUCUUUUUUGAAGUGUUAUGCAAUAUUCUUGUGUGAAGAAGGGCCUAUUGCUGAGAAAUAAAGCUGGGAGUCCGUUUGUGUUUCUUUAUGUUUUACGAGAAUCUGAGGGGCUUAUCCUGCAGAAAUAUUUAUGGAAAAGAUUUUUUACAACACUUUUUGUAUAGAAUAUGCAACAAAGUUACACUAAGAAGGAAAUAUUGAUGUCUACAUAGAAUAUUAUUAAAAAAAGCUGGUACAUAAUUAAUACCCUUUCUCAGUUAUUGUAAGCCAUUGUACUUUUAUGUUUUAUGAUGUUAUCAGUGUGGAAUAACCCACAACGUUAUUCAGUCGCUAUGUGUAACUAACUAUGAGCUGCCAUUUACACCCAGUCGCAUGUAUUCAUUUUGUAAACAAUAUUAUGAAGAUAUAUUGUGUUAACAUGCAGAAAUCCUUGUUUGUUUGUUUGUUUCUUAAGUAGCGACGGACACUCACCACUGUAUACGCACGUUAAACUGUGAGAUGUAGUUUGCUUAAAGCAGCAAUGAUGAGAAUCUAUUAUAAAAUGUUACGGUGUUAUUAGUAGUACAGGAAGUGUCGAGGAAGCGUGUGAGACAAAGAACUGUUUUAGAGUUUGCAUGUGCAUGUGUUUGGAAUUUGAAUGAAAAUAUCAUUUUGUGCAAUGUAUACUUAUUUAAAUACUUUUACGGUAGUUUGCUUUAGUACAUAUUGUUUUUAACAUUAUCAGCAACUCCUGAUUGUUAUUAGUCGUAAAAAAAAUUAAUGGUUCAUUUACAUUCGCUAGCGUAGCCUCGACGAAUAACACAUAUUUACUGAAUGUAAUGUGUUAACACUUAUGUGGUCGAUUUGGAAAGUGGUGUGUGUAUUCUUUACUGUCUGUUUGUAAUGCGAUAUUGCAAUACUGUAAUAUUUGAAUUGGACAGAAAGCAGCCGUGAGGUCGGGAAGACAAUGACUUUUUCGGGAAACAAGGGCAGUCAUGGUUUCGAGAGUCGACCACGGGUCUGUUUUUCAUGUCCAUGAAAUGGCAUUCCAAAAUGUGCCUUAUUUGUUAGUCGGGAAAAAAAAAUUUUAGUGCUGUAGAGCUGUCGAGAGUUUGAUGAAUAAAAAUCAUAUUGAAUUAA